AUGCAGCUCAUACAGCUUGGCGCGACUACUGUUGGACUCCUUAGCCAGUUGGCUGCCUCCACAGCGAUCCCCAAUUGGCCCCCUCACGACCCUCAUCACCAACCCUUGCCAACCGUCGACCUGGGAUAUGUGAAGCAACGAGCAUCAGGCUUCAACGCUACUGGCAAGUAUUACAACUUCACCAACAUCGCCUUUGCCCAACCUCCGGUUGGCGACCUUCGCUUUGCAGCACCUCAGCCACCUAAAUUCAUCGCCGGUGUCCAAGAUGGCAACGACAAGAUCAACCCGACAUGUCCUCAGGCAUGGCCAAUCUGGCUUUCCGAGACCUUCAUGAACACCUCAUCCGUGCCUAAGGGUCCCUCAGAAACAGAGGAUUGCUUGUAUCUAGAUGUGCUCGUGCCCGAGAAGAUCUUCAAUCAGCGACAGGGGUGGGGCAGGAAAGCGCCUGUCUUGGUCUGGAUCUACGGCGGUGGGUUUGUCAUUGGCGCCAAGACACAGAAUGGUGAUGGAAGUGGAUUGAUUGCGGAGAGCACAAACAACCCGCAGGAUGAGGGUGUCAUUUUUGUAGCAUUGAACUACAGACUUGGCGCCUUUGGCUGGCUUGGUGGUAGCGACUUUCAGAAGGAGGGCGGUGCUUCCAAUGCUGGGCUUCUUGAUCAACGCCUUGCACUUGAAUGGGUUCAGCAGAAUAUCGGCAAAUUUGGCGGCGACCCAGGCCGUGUCACUGUGAUUGGGGAAUCCGGUGGCGCUGCUUCUAUCGGACAGCAUUUAACCGCCGGCAAACAAGGACACAACUUUGCUGCUCGCAAGACGCCGUUCCAGCAAGCUAUCUACCAAAGCCCUGAUCAAGGAUCUCCAUCGAUUCCAUCCGAUGCUACUUUCAAUACUCGAUACCACGACUUCCUGAAGACCCUCAAAGUCAGUAACCUCCAAGAGGCUCGAGCUCUCAGCAGUGAUGCGCUGUACGAAGCCAACAAAGCCACGGUUGAGAUCUAUCCUGGCGGAAUGUUCACAACGUUUGCACUCUCUAUCGACGGCUCGUACGUUCUUGGCAACAUCAAUGAUGGUCUCAAUGCCGGUCGCUAUGAUCGUAACGUCAAGACUAUGACUUCCUACAACGCUGAUGAGGGCGAGCUCUUCACCUUCACCCUUGAUACUCCACCGACCUCCGACAACUUCUCCUUCCCAGCCUACGUGAAAUUCCUCUACCCAUCCGCCUCCCCGAACGACAUCAACCACAUCUCCAACGAUCUCUACCCUCUCUCGGCAAACUCGGGCCAGGAAUACGAUCGAACCUCGACCUUCAACGCCGACGUCUUCAUCGUCUGCAACGCCUACGCCCUACAAAAUGCAUACAACAACCAAGCAUUCGCCUACGAGUUCUCCGUCCCACCAGCGUGGCAUAUCCAGGAUAUCUCGUACACGCUGUUCAAUGGACACAUCUCGCCUGGCUUACCUCUUAUUCCGGCGAUCGCUGUGGACAUGCAGACUUACUUCACCAACUUUGCCAUGCAUGGAAACCCCAACCAGCGAGGUCUGACUGCUAUGCCCGUCUUCGGUAACCAGGGCAACAUGCUCAACUUGACGACGGAUGGGUAUAAGGUUGUGAACGAGCCAGCGAGGAUGGAGAGGUGCAAAUUCUGGGAGAAGUAUAAUGUUUAG